GACAAUGUCAACAAUUUCAAAAUUCAGAUUCAGUUAAUUGCUGAUGCAGAUUUCCACUAAGUAAAGCCUGAAAGGGACAGAGGGAGCAGGACUAGAAACGUAAAGGCUUAAGGCAGCCUCUUUCUAUCCCUCAAAGCAAUGCGAAAAGAUGACCCUUGGGUUGGGACCUGGAGGCCCCACAGGCCGAGAGGGCUCAUAGCUGCACAGAUUGGGUGUCCUGGGCCUAAAUAUGCAUUACCUGGACUAACAGGUGCUUUCCAACAUGACCCAACCAAACCUAAAGCACCAGCGUUCUCCUUUGGUGCACGUCACAAAGUGGCAAAUACAGACUGUUCCCCUGGACCAAAGUAUCUGCUCCAAUCCACUGUUACAAGAUACGGCCAAGAUGGGACACCUGCAUUUUCACUUCAUGGCCGUCUAGAGCUGCCAGCAACCUUCCACACACCAGGACCAGCCCAGUACUUCCCAGAGCAUUCAAAAAAGUUAAUCUUCAGAGCUACCCCUGCAUACAGUCUCUCCGGCAGACACAAAGAAAUGACCAGGAACCAAAUACCAGGUCCAGCAGCCUACAUGCUGCCCCCCAUAUUGGGGACAAAAGGAGUAACGACCCUUUCCGCUCCCUCGUCCACACUCAUUGGCCGCACCCAAAAAGGAUCGUUUUUUGAGGAUCUUAAAAAGACUCCAGGCCCAGCUGCAUAUAAUGCUGUAGAUCCGUAUUUCUCUAGGCCCAAACCCCCUCAUUGUACUCUGAAAGGUCGAAAUUUCCCUCCCAACAAAACUACUCAAACACCAGGUCCAGGGUCAUACUUUCCAGAGAGGACAACCUUUACAAAACCGGAAGCUUCAGGUUUUUCCUUUGGACUGCGCCAUUCACAAUACACAGUCCCCCUUAUGGUGAAGUUGGAUGACAACUGACAAAAAGCUUACUUCAAUAAAUACUGAAUAAGCAAAGGCCAA